CCUUUCUGCUGUCCCCAGUGCUCCAGAGUUUACAAGCACAAGAGGAACUUAAUGUCCCACGUGAAGUACGAGUGCGGGAAAGAGCCCGCCUUCAGCUGUCCUCACUGUUCCUACAGGACUAAAGUCAAAGGAAAUCUAAAGUCGCACAUUUACUGCCGCCACCGCGAACUUAUCAUCAAAUCCAAGAUGGAUUUAUUGACCAAUUUUCUCGCAGGUGCGCCAUUUAAGUGUCCAACUUGUCCCAAGUCCUACAAAUAUAAGCAUAAUCUCAACAGCCAUCUGAGGCUGGAGUGCGGCAAAGAGCCGGGCUUCCAAUGCCCUCACUGCCCUUACAAGAGUAAGCAGAAAGCCCCUCUCAAGAGCCACAUUGGACGGAAACAUAUGAUGGAUUCGUCGAAGAUCCAGUACUGACUACGAAAAAAUGUAAAUUUAUAUAACGACUCAGGCAUUACCAAAAAAUAUAUAUGCAUAAAUAUUUUUUACACUACAUUUUUCUUGUUACUCCUGUUAUACUCCUACCAGACUGCAUUUUAGAACGGUUGUUACAAAAAGUGAACUUCAGCGCCUUCAGAACUUGCAGGAAGUUGAAAGACCCUCUGUCUAGAAAGUCAUAGAUUUCUGUACCUUACAGGUGUCUUUAAUAAUUUCAAUUCAAUUUUCGAAGCAUCUUAUUUAUCCCCCGGACUCAGUUUUUAAUCGUCUAAGUUGCGUUGUCUUUUUUGUGCAGAGUUUUUCUCCUGCACGACCUGCUUUCGAAACUUCAAGUACAAGAAAAACCUCUGGCGUCAUACGAAGUUUGAAUGCGGGAAGGAGCCAUCGUUCAGCUGCACCUUCUGCCCUUACAAGGCGAAGCAAAAGGCCUCUGUCAAAUCCCACAUGAUCAUCAAGCACUGCCUCAACUGAAAAUGACGAAAAAGGUUUGUCGUUGAACAUGCCCCGUACAGCGUUUUGUUGAUUGAAAAUGAAUUUAUUUUCAGCAAUGAAAACAUGGAAACAUUCAACCUUGAUUUUUGUAGCUAAUAAGAAAGUGAGGGUGAAAGUGAAUUAUUCUGGAAGAAGAGCUUUUCGAUUUGAAGUUCUGCUUUCUCUAUUGAUCUCACAAUCAAGUACAUAAAGUUAAUAAACAAUUAAUAAUAAAAAAUCACUUGUUCUUUAUUUUAAUAAAAAAUUAAGAGAAAUAUUCGUACGUAAAACAUUUGUGUGCUAAAAAUGUCAGUCUGAAAGGGUUGUAUUGAAUUUUAUCUUAUCUGUUAAAAGAUGCUUUCUUGCAACAGCAAGAGUUUCAAGUACUGCAGGAAUUUUUGAGACAUGAAAAAUAUGAAAUCAUGAAGGAAUCAAUUUUUGUCUACUGCCUCCUAUGAUCAAAACUAUACACUGGGAAGAGAGAGGUUUAACAAAUUAUUGAAAUUGGGAAGAUGUCUAGUUUUACAAAAAUGAUUUUUUAUGAUAAAACAUUAAAAGUUUUAAAAUUAAUUUUCAAUUAAGCAAUUUUGAAUUGUUUACCUUAAAAAAGUCAAGAAUCUCUCGAAUGGUAUAUCCAUAUGCAAUUGCAUAUCUUUUAAAUUGAAUGAAUUUUGUUUAGGGUGGCCGUACAUGUGCAUUUUUUUAAUUGGAAUAUAUGUUAAUUUCUGAUUUAAAAAAUUUUCUCCCUGUUAUUUCAUUACAUUUUAGUCUUCUGCUAUUUUUGAUAGGUUUUAUUACAUUUUUAGAAAAUGACAAAAAAAAUAGUAGUUUAUAAGUAGUUUUCAAAAUACUCUCCUUCAGUCUUUCAGCCGUCUUGUGAAUUCACUUCUCGUCCCGGGCAAGACGUUAAACUGCGUCCACACAAUACCAGUCAUAUUCACACAACACAAACUUUUCCAUCCACCUCGUACAAUUUUUACCUAGUUUGAUGAACGACUUUUACAUCAUGUUUGACUUGUCUUGUUACUCUUUUUUUUUUUUUUUUUUUUUUUAAA